AUUCGUUCCUCGCGACCUCCAGCUCUUCCUCACACCUCGCCCCUAGACGACCUGUCACCGCAUCCAAAGACCAAAGACCAAAGGUCUCGGCGCAAAAGCUCCAAGCUUGUCGACCUCUCUCUUCCACACAUUGCGCGCCUUUCGUCAAUUAAGCCGGCCCCCCUCACCGUCCGUCUCGUCGCUAUUCCUUCCCGUCCCCGUCCCCGUCGACCGAAGCGACUCUGUUAAUACUCGACCUCACCUCAACCUCUGCCCGUCCCGACCAAAGGGUUUCUUGCUCGCGCAUCCCUCGAAACGAUCCUCGUCUGCUUCGUGCCAAAUCAUCAAUUCGUCGACCACUCGUUUACCCUCGUCAACCGAAUCGAAGCGCCCUGCCCCUGCCAUACCUUGUUGUCAUUGUCAGCUUAACCGCGGCACAUGCGAAAUACCCUCGUCCAAACCCAGCAACCAGAAAAACCCGCGAUACACACGACCACCUCCCAGCCGCACCAGCUCGCGGCCACGAGUCACCUUUGAUGCUCGAAUCCCUCUCCUCUCCAUCUACUGUCCGCUCGACUAUGCCUUCGUCGUCGUUACCAUUCUCCUCUUAGAAUCUCUGAAUCUUUUUUUCUUUGGACUUUUUGGGUCAUUCUUUUUCCCCCCAAAGCAUACUUUUCCCUCUCAGCGCUCCUUCUUGUUCCUCCAGACAGUCGCAAACCUCAUCGAGUACCACGAGAUUCUUCCGCCUCCUGCCCUCAACAGCCUUAAAUGCAAGCACAGUCAUAGCAAUAAGGUGGCUUCGGAGGUUCAGCAGUGUGGUCGUCAAUCACGAGUUUUGCGCUUGCAAUAACACGCAUACACACACAUCCGCACUGCUCCUUGACCAGAGUCUGAAGUCAUGUCGCCUUCUCUCAAUGACGCGGCGGUCCCUGCUGCUGCUGAUGCUCCGGGCCCAGCUCCGGAACCGGUCAAGUACCUCUGGUUUCGCGAUACCUUUUCCCAGCCCGUCGUUGCCGCCUUCUGUGCCGGCGGUGUUGCCGGUGCCGUCUCUCGAACCGUCGUCUCCCCCCUCGAGCGCCUCAAGAUCCUGUUCCAGGUUCAGAGCGUAGGACGCGAUGCCUACAAGCUGUCUGUCGGCCAAGGUCUGGCCAAGAUGUGGAGGGAAGAAGGCUGGAGAGGCUUCAUGGCUGGCAAUGGCACCAACUGUGUGCGCAUUGUGCCGUACUCUGCUGUUCAGUUCGGCAGUUACAACUUUUACAAGCGGAACUUCUUUGAGUCUUCUCCCGGCGCAGACCUCUCUCCUCUCGCCCGUCUGACGUGUGGUGGUAUCGCUGGUAUCACUUCCGUCUUCUGCACAUAUCCCCUUGACAUUGUUCGCACUCGACUGUCUAUCCAGACUGCUUCCUUUGCAGAGCUGGGCCCUAGAGCCGAGAAGCUCCCGGGCAUGUGGACUGUUAUGGGCACCAUGUACAAGACUGAGGGCGGUAUCUCUGCCCUGUACCGAGGCAUCAUCCCCACCGUCGCUGGUGUUGCCCCCUACGUCGGCCUCAACUUCAUGGUCUACGAGUAUGUACGCAAGUACCUAACCCCCGAGGGUGACAAGAACCCCAGCGCCGUCAGGAAGCUGCUUGCUGGUGCCAUCUCUGGAGCUGUUGCUCAGACCUGCACUUAUCCCUUCGACGUCCUUCGCCGAAGAUUCCAGAUUAACACCAUGACGGGCAUGGGCUACCAGUACAAGGGCAUCACUGACGCCAUUCGGGUCAUCAUUGCUCAGGAGGGCGUCAAAGGCCUGUACAAGGGCAUCGUCCCUAACCUUCUCAAGGUUGCGCCAAGCAUGGCAUCCAGCUGGCUCAGUUUUGAGCUGUCGCGCGACUUCUUGGUCUCCCUCAAGCCUGAUGGUGACGGCGAGGCUGCUCUCUGAGAUGAGAUGUAGCUCACAUGACUUUAUUUACAUCCGAUCGGGCUCGUCAAGGGGAUCUUCGGUAUGAGGAUUCCAAUGAUCACCAGGAUCAAUGGGGUGCCUUUAUUAGACGGUGGCUGGCAUAGCAGUCACACCGAGGCAGAGAAACUGCCUCUUCCCGGGUUGCACCUUUCCAACCUGGCAUUUCAAUCACCAGUGUUUUGAUAAUGUAUUACAAAAAGACUCCAAGAGAGGCGAGGACGCCAUGCGACUUUCCUGCAUGGCAUCAUGGAAACGUGAAAUGGGCACCGCUUUCCCAGAAGGAUCGAUGCACAAAUAACCAAAUGGGUAGACCAAGCAUUAGCUCAAUACAAG